CUCAAUGUAGCAGCCAAUGGGGAUACAGCGCUUCUCUUCUCAUAAAAAUGUCUCUUUUGAAGCUGUGUGUUCCAGGAGAUAGGCUGUGCGGCGCUGAGGACUGCAUCCCUGGGACAGGCACUUACUUGCGCCAUGGCUAUAUUUUUGCCUCCCUUGCUGGCUACGUACUGCGGAAGAACGAGGGAGAAGAGCUCCCUAUAAUAUCUGUAGUGAAGGAAACAGAGGCUCAGUUGCUGCCAGAUGUUGGGGCUAUAGUAACCUGCAAGGUUACCAGUAUCAACCCCAGGUUUGCUAAGGUCCAUGUGCUUUAUGUUGGUUCUACACCACUAAAAGAUAACUUCAGAGGAACUAUCAGGAAGGAAGAUGUUAGAGCAACUGAGAAAGACAAGGUUGAAAUGUACAAAAGCUUCCGUCCAGGAGAUAUUGUGCUUGCAAAGGUGAUCUCACUUGGUGAUGUCCAGUCCAACUACCUCCUGACCACGGCAGAGAAUGAACUGGGUGUGGUAGUGGCUCACAACGAAGCAGGGAUUCAGAUGAUACCCAUCAGUUGGUGUGAGAUGCAGUGUCCCCACACUCAUGUCAAGGAGUUCCGCAAGGUGGCCCCGGUGCAGUCGGAGUAUCUUCAAGCAUGACAAGGCUACAGGCUACAGAAUCCAGCCCUGUGGUGGACCUCUUUCAGUACCAACUUCCCCUUCUCUGGAGCACACAGCUUCAUAGCAUACAAACUGAGUUUCUUUUGGAAGACAGCCUUCCCACUGGCCAAGUGGAGACAAUUAAGUGUACCUCUGAAAAUUAGUGGGAAUUGUUAUGAAAGUGGUUCAGUAAUAAUUGGAUAGUUUUUAUAACAAUGUCUGUGGGUAAUAUUUUCAGGAGAAUUGUAUGGGAUGAUUUGGAAAUAAACAUGUCUAAUAAGCUAUGUUUUUUUACAUUGUUGGAUCUGUUUUUACAUUUACAGUGACUUCUAAUUCAC